AGAGUAGCGAGACCCUAUGCAUGAUGAUUAGGGCGUCAGGCGACAUGAGCUGAGCGUACGGCUUGCAGGACCAUACGCAGGAUGAAUGUCGCCAUUCUAGAGAGGAGUUCGGCCGCUCGAAGGGAAAUGUAUUCCGGUUCCAUCAGGUCGUAUGUGGUGGCGCACUAAUUCAAGGGUGACUUGGGGAGACGUGGCUAUCAAGGGAGGUUUCUUUCAAGAAGGCGAGUUCAAAGGCACCAGACCCAUGACGAAACCUCGGUCAGAGGGAGGAGGACUUUUUGCCGAAUCCUCCCUACAUGUCUAUCUAGAGCUAGAGCAGUGUACCUAUCGUGGGGGCAAAGACAAUGCCACGUCGUGUCGUGUCCACAGAGUCAUUGGCCACAGGGAGACACGGCACAGCAAGUUGGUGAGGACCGCGAUUGGGUUGAUAGUGUAUCCACAUGCUGUACAAAUCUCGGCCGGCCGUGAGCAGAUAGGCAACCAAAGCAAGCUGGCAAGCCGGCAGGCCGCGAGGGCCACCGACCUUGAUCUUCGCCUCGAAGAUAUGCAAGACAUGCCGGAUGGGGAGAGCAGGACGGGGAGCGUCCAUUGGAGCUUCUCAUUGUGGCCAGUCAGCUCAACGUGAUGCCACUACGCUG